AUGUCCGAAUUUAAUAUCGAGAGCACCUUAGCUCAGUUAACACUUCAAGAAAAAAUCGGUUUACUUGCCGGUAUCGAUUUCUGGCACACAUUUGCUGUUGAAAGAUUGAAUAUUCCAAGCCUCAGGUUCAGUGAUGGACCUAAUGGUUUGAGAGGAACAAAAUUUUUUGACAGUGUUCCAUCUGCUUGUUUUCCAUGUGGAACGGCAUUAGCUUCUACUUUUGACAAGGAGCUAUUAUUUGAAGCUGGCCGUUUAAUGGGAGACGAAGCCAAACAUAAGGGUGCACAAGUUGUAUUAGGUCCAACAAUUAAUAUCCAAAGAGGUCCUCUAGGUGGUAGAGGUUUUGAGUCAUUUAGUGAAGAUGCACAUUUAACAGGGCAAAGUGCAGCGUCGAUCAUAAAUGGUAUUCAAGAUAAGGGAAUCGCUGCUACAAUCAAGCAUUUUGUUUGUAAUGACUUGGAAGAUCAACGUAAUUCUAGUGAUUCUAUUCUUACUGAAAGGGCUUUGAGAGAAAUUUAUUUAGAGCCAUUCAGACUUGCCAUCAAGCACUCGAACCCAGUGGCAUUAAUGACCAGUUAUAAUAAGGUGAACGGAGAACAUGUUUCACAAUCAGAAAGAUUGAUUCAAGAUAUUUUACGUAAAGAGUGGGAUUGGGAUGGUACUACCAUGUCUGAUUGGUACGGAACUUAUACCAGUAAGGAAGCCAUUGAAAAUGGGUUAGAUAUUGAAAUGCCUGGUCCUUCAAUCUUUAGAAAUCAAUCCGAAGUAGCUGCUAUGGUGACUACGAAAGAAUUACACAUUAAGAAGAUCGAUGAAAGAGUCACAAAUGUUCUUAAGUUAAUUAAGUACGCACUUAAAUCAGGUGUUCCAGAAAAUGCUCCGGAGACUUCGAAUGGUAAUACAUCAGAGACUGCUGCACUUUUAAGAAAACUUGCCCAUGAUUCUGUUGUUUUACUUAAAAAUGAUAAUGAUGUCUUACCUUUGAGUAAGGAUGAUAAAAUAGCUGUCAUUGGACCUAACGCAAAGUAUGCCGCUUACUGUGGUGGAGGAUCUGCAGCAUUAAGAGCUUAUUAUACGACUACCCCGUUUGAUUCUAUUUCAAAAAAAUUAAAUAAAGAUCCAGAAUACACUAUUGGUGCUUAUGGACAUAGGUUAUUACCAGCAUUAGGACCUCAAUUGGUCAAUCCAAAAACUGGAAAAGCUGGUUACAAUUUGAAAUAUUACCUUGAACCAAAUUCUACUUCCGAAAGAACAUUAAUAGAUGAAAAGGAUUUAGAUUUGUCACAUAUUUUCUUAGUGGACUACUACAAUAAAAGAAUAAAGGAUGACUUAUUCUAUAUUGACUUCGAUGGUCAGUUUACGCCGGAAGAAACAGCUGAUUAUGAAUUUGGUCUUGCUGUACUUGGUACAGCCCAAUUGUUUGUUGAUGGUAAAUUGGUCGUUGACAACAAGACGGUCCAACAAAGAGGUAACUCCUUCUUCAAUAGUGGGUCUAACGAGGUUAGGAAUUCCAUUUCUCUAGAGAAAGGUAAAACGUACUCCAUUAAAAUUGAAUUUGGCUCCGCUCCUACAUUUAGCGUACCUUCUUCCGAUUCUGUCAGUUUUGGUGGUGGUGGUGGUAUCAACUUGGGACUUGCUAAAGUAAUUAAUCCAGUAGAUGAAAUCGCGAAGGCUGCAGAACUUGCUAAAAAAGUAGACAAAGUGGUAUUGAAUAUUGGUUUAAAUCAAGAAUGGGAAUCCGAAGGAUUUGAUCGUCCAGAUAUGAACUUAAUUGGCCACAUCAACGAAUUAGUUGAUGCAGUAUUGGAUGCCAAUCCAAAUACUGUUGUUGUCAAUCAAUCUGGUACUCCAGUUGAGUUCCCAUGGAUCAAGAAAGCAAACGCAUUAGUUCAAGCAUGGUAUGGAGGUAAUGAAUUAGGUAAUGGUAUAGCUGAUGUCUUGUUCGGUGAUGUUAACCCAAGUGGUAAGUUAUCUCUCUCGUUCCCUUUCAAGAAUGUUGAUAACCCAACUUAUCUUAACUUCAAAACAGAGAAGGGUAGAGUUUUAUAUGGUGAAGACAUUUUUAUUGGUUACAAAUACUACGAGAAACUUGAAAGAGAAGUGGCCUUCCCGUUUGGUUUUGGUUUGUCAUACACCAAGUUUGAUAUUUCUGAUUUAGAGAUCUCCGUUGAUGAAAAAGAUGAUAAUUUAACAGUAUCUGUGAACGUUAAAAACUCAGGUAAAAUUGAAGGUUCAGAGGUCGUUCAAGUCUAUAUAUCGAAAGAUGAAAGUGAUGUAAUCAGACCUGUGAAAGAAUUAAAAGGAUUCGAAAAGGUACAUUUGAAGGCCGGUGCAGAAUCCACCGUUUCAUUGAAAUUGUCCUUGAAGGACUCAAUUUCUUUCUUUGACGAGUAUCAAGAUGAAUGGUCAGUUGAAAAGGGUGAUUACAAGGUUCAUGUUGGUAACAGUAGUGAUAAUAUUACUUCAACUUCGCCUUUUAAGAUUGAAAAGGACUUCUUAUGGUCAGGAAUGUAA